CCGAUUGCGAUUCCGAUCUGCGAUUCCGAUCUGCGAUUCAGUGCCAAAAAAUGAACGCAAACCGUAGAGUUUACCGGCGAUGCCGAUCUCUCGUUUCUUCUCCGUCGUGUAGUUUCUAUCUGGCGGGUAGGUUUUGGGAGGAUCGGACUCUUACUUUCAAGACCUCUGGAGCUAUAAGAAGAGAUGGAGCCGAUUUUGUUUCUGAUUACCAUUUUUCUGGGUUUCGCUUUCUCCGGGAAGUGCAGCGAUGUUUACAGCAGAAACGAUUUCCCUGAGGGAUUCGUAUUCGGGUCCGGUAUUUCGGCUUUUCAGUGGGAAGGAGCUGUUGAUGAAGACGGGAGGAUGCCUAGCAUCUGGGAUACAUACGUUCAUUCUCGUAAGCUCUUUCACAAAGCAAAAGUUCGAGUUAGAAUUCAUAGAGUAUUGAAAUGUUUUCUAGGGUUUAAUCUCAAUCGAGUCUUCCUUAACGAUGCAGAGGCUGGACCUACCGGAGAUGUAGCCUGUGAUGGGUAUCAUAAAUAUAAGGAGGAUGUAAGGCUAAUGUAUGACAUGGGUUUAGGUGCAUUGCGACUCUCCAUUUCUUGGCCGCGGCUUAUACCAAGUGGAAGAGGUCCUGUGAAUCCAAAGGGUUUACGGUUCUACAAAAACCUCUUAAAUGAGCUCACAAGACAUGGAAUUGAGCCGCAUGUUACGUUGUAUCACGAUGAUCUCCCUCAGGCUCUUGAAGAUGAAUACGGAGGAUGGAUUGACCGCAGAAUCAUCGAUGACUUCACGGCUUUUGCAGACGUUUGCUUCAGAGAGUUUGGGAACACAGUGAAAUUCUGGACUACAAUUAAUGAGCCCAAUAUGUUAGCAUGGGGAGGUUAUGACUUGGGAUUUAUGCCUCCUAAGCACUGUUCUCCACCAUAUGCAAUGGUCAAAUGCUCCAGAGGAAACUCUUCAACUGAGCCAUAUAUUGCACUCCACAAUAUGUUGCUUGCACACGCAUCUACCUCAAGAUUGUAUAAACAAAAGUAUAAGGAUAAGCAGAAUGGAUCUCUGGGUAUAACCUGUUAUGCAUACUGGAUGGUUCCGUUAACUAGCUCUGGAGAGGACGAGAUUGCAACUCGGAGAGCCAAAGAUUUCUAUUUAGGCUGGGUUUUACACCCGCUAGUGUUUGGGGACUAUCCUGACGUGAUGAAGAGAAUUGUUGGAAAGAGAUUGCCUAGUUUUUCGGAUGAAGAAUCAGAUCUCGUUAAAGACUCAUUCGACUUCUUGGGAAUCAUACACUACACAACAAUGAACAUCGCACACUUAUCCACUUCCCGGCAAGGAGAUUUUACUUCAGACAUGAAUGCUUCAAUGAGCAACUUUGGGAAAUCUACAUUUGUCACGAUUGAUGUGCUUCCUUGGGGUCUUGAAGGAGUAUUGGAAUACAUAAAGCAGAACUAUGGCAAUCCUCCUGUCUACAUUCUUGAAAACGGUCGACCUACAAACCACCAUUCAUCGCUCAACGACGUGGGAAGAGUUGAAUACCUUCAUGCUUAUAUCGCUGCUGUGCUCAAUUCAGUGAGGAACGGGUCACAGACAAGAGGCUACUUCCAGUGGUCGUUCAUGGAUUUGUACGAGUUUCUGAAUUACAACUACACGUAUGGAUUAUACUAUGUGAAUUUCAGCGAUCCAGAACGUAAGAGAUCUCCAAAAACCUCUGCUCUUUGGUACUCUGCUUUGCUCAAAGGGUCGAUGGUUAGUUCACAAGUGGCAAAGAACCUCUCGGUAUCUUCUUCUCCUGGUUAUGCUUCUCAGUAGUAUAGAAAUUUGACCGUUGGUUUGGUUUCGUUUCCGGUUUUGGUAUAUUCUUAUUCCACGAGAGGAGGUUACGCAGGUGCGUAAAGUAUAAAAUAAAUACAGGAACGUUACGUACCUUGAUAAUAUUUUGUUGUUGUUGUCGAUCAUGUCUUUGAUAUACAUCGAAAUCACUGCACCAUGGCCCUAAUCAUAUAUAUUAUAUGCAA